AAGAACAUACGUCUAAUUUAUUUUUAAUAAAGUGUCAGGAGCGUAAUAAUCAUGGCGUCCACCGCGGCGGGCAAACAGAGAAUCCCGAAAGUGGCGAAGGUGAAGAAUAAAGCCCCUGCAGAGGUGCAGAUCACCGCCGAGCAGCUGCUCAGAGAGGCCAAAGAGAGAGAGCUCGAGCUGCUGCCACCGCCACCCAAACAGAAGAUCACCGAUAAAGAAGAGCUCAAUGACUACAAACUGAAAAAGAGAAAGGGCUUUGAGGACAACAUCAGGAAAAACAGAACUGUGAUCAGCAACUGGAUCAAGUACGCACAAUGGGAGGAGAGCCUGCAGGAGGUCCAGAGAUCUCGCUCCAUCUACGAGCGUGCACUCGACGUGGAUCACCGCAAUAUCACACUGUGGCUGAAGUAUGCCGAGAUGGAGAUGAAGAACCGGCAGGUCAAUCACGCUCGCAACAUAUGGGACCGAGCCAUUACCAUCCUGCCCCGCGUCAAUCAGUUCUGGUACAAGUACACGUAUAUGGAGGAGAUGCUGGGCAACAUUGCAGGCUGCAGGCAGGUGUUUGAGCGCUGGAUGGAGUGGGAACCGGAGGAGCAGGCCUGGCAUUCAUACAUCAACUUUGAGCUGCGCUAUAAGGAGGUGGACAAGGCCCGCAGCAUCUAUGAGAAUUUUGUGAUGGUCCAUCCUGAGGUGAAGAACUGGAUCAAAUAUGCCCACUUUGAGGAGAAGCACGGCUAUGUUGCUCGUGGCAGGAAAGUGUUUGAGCGAGCUGUGGAGUUUUUCGGUGAAGAACAGGUCAGCGAGAAUCUCUACGUGGCUUUUGCCAGAUUUGAGGAGAAGCAGAAAGAGUUUGAGAGAGUUCGAGUCAUCUAUAAAUACGCUUUAGACCGAAUCCCCAAGCAACAGGCCCAGGAGCUGUUCAAGAACUACACUGUGUUUGAGAAGAGGUUUGGAGACAGGAGGGGAAUCGAGGACGUGAUCGUCAGCAAGAGGAGGUUUCAGUACGAAGAGGAGGUCAAAGCUAACCCACACAAUUAUGAUGCAUGGUUUGAUUACCUGCGUCUGGUGGAGAGUGAUGCCGAUGCAGACACAGUUAGAGAAGUGUACGAGAGAGCGAUCGCCAACAUUCCCCCUAUUCAAGAGAAGAGACACUGGAGACGCUACAUCUACCUGUGGAUUAACUACGCUCUCUAUGAGGAGCUGGAGGUCAAGGACCCUGAGAGAACGAGACAGGUGUACAAGGCCUGUCUGGAGCUUAUACCACACAAAAAGUUUACUUUUGCCAAGAUUUGGCUCUUAUAUGGGCAAUUUGAAAUCCGCCAAAAGAACCUCCAAAAUGCAAGACGAGGCCUGGGCACAGCCAUUGGAAAGUGUCCCAAAAACAAACUGUUCAAGGGCUACAUCGAGCUGGAGCUGCAGCUGAGAGAGUUUGACCGCUGUAGAAAACUCUACGAGAAAUAUCUGGAGUUCAGUCCGGAAAACUGCACUACCUGGAUCAAGUUUGCAGAGCUGGAGACCAUCUUGGGGGACACCGACCGCUCCAGAGCCAUAUUUGAGCUGGCCAUUGGACAGCCACGACUGGACAUGCCGGAGGUGUUGUGGAAAUCCUACAUUGACUUUGAGAUCGAGCAGGAAGAAUACGACAACACACGAGGACUGUAUAAGAGAUUGUUACAGCGCACUCAACAUGUCAAAGUCUGGAUCAGCUACGCUCAGUUUGAGCUGUCCAUCGACACAGAAGACCGCGUGCAGAGGUGCAGACAGGUCUACGAGGAGGCCAAUAAGGGCAUGCAGAACUGCGAGGAGAAAGAGGAGCGUCUGAUGCUCUUGGAGUCCUGGAGAGACUACGAGGAGGAGUUCGGAUCCUUCACCCACAAGGAGAGAGUCCGCAAACUCCUGCCGGAGAAGGUGAAGAAGAGGAGGAAGAUCACGGCGGAGGAUGGGUCGGAUGCUGGUUGGGAAGAAUAUUACGACUACAUCUUCCCCGAGGACGCUGCCAACCAGCCUAACCUCAAACUGCUGGCCAUGGCCAAGAUGUGGAAGAAACAGCAGCAGCAGGAGGAGGAGGAUGAUGACGAGGAGGAAGAUGAAAACGAUAAGGAAGAACAGCAGGUUCCUGAAGGUAAGGACGCACAGGAGAGUCCAGAAGCAGAGGAGCAGGAGCCUGCCGCUGGUGGAGAACAGGCAGAGAAAGAGUAUGAUGACCGCGAUGAUGAAGACGAGAGCAGCAGCAGCAGCAGCUCCGACAGCGAGAGUGAUGAAGACCAGAAAGAUAAGACUGAACAUAACAAGCCGGACACAGAACAACAAUGAACCGCUGGAACGUAUUUGUCUCUCUAAUUUCUUUUGUUACAAAAUAAAGGUGCGAACCAAA